UCUUGUCCUAAUUAAUUGUGUGUGUUUGUGUGUGUCUCUCUCUCUAGAGUGGAAGGUUAUAAGAGUUGCAAAGCAACAGCAAAGCCUCCUUGUAUACAAGAAGAGAAGAGAAGACACAUCCAGUCACCAACAACACAUCACAGGAGAAGAAGGAGAGGAGGAAGAAGAAGCAAAGCUAGCCGGUUAGCUUACCUAGCUAGGUUUUGCCAUUCCUACUCGUCUUCUCUCUCUCUCUCUCCUUGCCUACCUAGCUUGGAGCUUGCCCUCUCUCUCUUCCUCCAUUAAUACGCCAAGCGAAGCUCGCAUUCUUUCUUGCCAUUCAUCGCUGUGGUCGGUCUCCUCCAUCUCUUCUUCUCCAAGUCCAGCGAUCGUUUCUUGGUUGCUUCGAUCGCCAUGCAGGCCGAUCACCAGGUGGCUGACGUCGUCGACAGAGAGCGCGGUCUGGCGCUCGUCGCCGACAUGUCCGUCGAGGACAAGCAGCAGCAGCUCGCCGCCGCCGUUGUGAAGCGCAAGCGCACCAAGAGGCCGCGACACCACGCGGCGCCGGCGUCGCCCGCGUCGUCCGCCGAGAGCACCACCACCGAGGAGGAGGACAUGGCGCACUGCCUCAUCCUCCUCGCGCAGGGCGCCGCUGUCGUCGACUCCAAGCCGUCGGCGCCGGCGCCGGCUCCGGCUGCGCAGCCUCCGGUGGUCGCCGCGCCUGCGCCGCCGCCGCCGGCGGUGGUGGUCAAGAGCGAGAGGUACACGAGCCGCAAGUACACGGAGGCGGCCACCACGGCGGACGGCGUCAGGGCCGGGUUCUACGUCUACGAGUGCAAGACGUGCAACAAGUGCUUCCCCACCUUCCAAGCCCUCGGCGGCCACCGCGCCAGCCACAAGAAGCCUCGCCUCGCCGGCGCCGACGAGGAGAACGCCAACGCCGCCACCACCAUCAACACUACCGUCGUCAAGUCGAAGCCGCCGAUGACGACAUCGUCGCCACCACCUCCACCACCGCCUCAGGCCGACGCCGCCGUCCCUGCCGUCGUCCCGGACGUCACCACCGUGCUGAGCCUUAACAAUUGCAACGUCGCCGCCGGCAGCAUGAUCAACAAGCUGAGGGUGCACGAGUGCUCGAUCUGCGGCGCCGAGUUCGGCUCCGGGCAGGCGCUGGGCGGGCACAUGCGGCGCCACCGGCCGCUGCACGCGCCGCCGGAGCGCGCGGUGACCACAGCCACCACCGCGGACACCAAGAAAGAUGGAAGCACGAGCAUCAACCUGGAGCUCGACCUCAACCUGCCGGCGCCGUCCGACGAGGAGUCCGUGUCUCCGCCGCCUCCGCCACCUGUGCUUCUGGCUCUCGGCGGGCAGUUCAACGACGGCAAGAAGCCAAUUCUGCUCACCUCCUCCGCCGCCCUGGUCGGCUGCCAUUAUUGACAUGAGCAAGCUAAGCUCGCCGGCAUCAAGAUCAAUUCUUUUCGUGAUUAACACUGAUCAUUUGAUCAUUUUCUCUUCUUCUUCUUCUUCUUCUUCUUCUUCUUCUUUUCUGGGGGAUUAAUCACCAUACAUGUUUACUCACAAUUCGUUUCUUGGCAUGCAUGUACAUCAAGCAGCUGGAAACUGUAACAUACUAUUGAUUCUUUCGAUUCUUUUCUGUGAGAUUAACUAUGUAUAGGGUAUAUUGAUUGACAUUUAUACAUACAUGAAUAUACAUAUCGUUGGAAAUUGGAAUCAAUUUUGUGUCUGUAGAAAUUAAAGUUUGGCCACCACUUGGAAUGUGUGCAUGAGUGAGUGAGUGAGGGAGUGAGUGGUGGGAGUUGUCUGAAAUGUGAUGAGGAAAAAGGAGGUGGUGGCAAUGCAAUGCAAUGCCUUGCCAUUGUUCUCAUGGAAAUUAAGGGAGUGGGUGCAAUGUAAUGGCCGGCUACGUACUGUCCACCUUUUCCUUUCUUCUUUUUUAAUUUGUGUGUCCUUAAUUAGUCCUAGAUUAAUUAUAGCUUAAUUACUUCUGUUCAUCAGUGGCACUGUUGUAAAAACAUCCCUGUAUAU